CGCCCGAGGAGGCGUGGCUUUGGGACCGGAAGACGCUCCUGUUACCAAGGGAACGCCGCGCGCCUUGGACCCUGCUUAAACACUGAUGCUCUCAUCCGGGCCGAAACCACUGACUCCCCCAAUUUGUAGAAGAGGCUGCGCUUGGGACAAGGGAUCCUUCCUACGGAGGCAUAGAGAAGAAGGCUGAGCCUCCCGGCGAAGAUCCCACCGCGGAAACGGGUGCCAGAGUGCGUCCAUUCCUGUUCUUGUCAGCCCCGUGGCCCUUGGAUUGCCCUCAAAGAUAAGUUGCUUUGUAAAUAUUUAAGUUGCAUUAUGGGAUUGCUGGACAGACUUUCAGGUUUACUUGGCCUGAGGAAGAAGGAGGUUCAUGUUUUAUGCCUCGGUCUGGAUAAUAGUGGGAAAACAACAAUCAUUAACAAACUGAAACCUUCAAAUGCUCAAUCUCAAGAUAUAGUUCCAACCAUAGGAUUCAGCAUAGAGAAGUUCAAGUCCUCCAGUUUGUCUUUUACAGUGUUUGACAUGUCAGGUCAAGGAAGGUACAGGAAUCUCUGGGAACACUAUUAUAAAGAUGGUCAAGCCAUUAUUUUUGUCAUCGAUAGUAGUGAUAAAUUGAGAAUGGUUGUGGCCAAAGAAGAGCUUGAUACCCUUCUAAAUCACCCAGACAUUAAGCAUCGCCGAAUUCCAAUCUUGUUCUUUGCAAACAAAAUGGAUCUUAGAGAUGCAGUGACGUCUGUGAAAGUGUCUCAGUUGCUGUGUUUAGAGAACAUCAAAGACAAGCCAUGGCAUAUUUGUGCUAGUGAUGCCAUCAAAGGAGAAGGAUUGCAGGAAGGUGUGGACUGGCUUCAAGAUCAGAUCCAAGCUGUGAAGACGUGAAAAGAUAGUCUCUGGAAACCUCCAAGAUUUUCAAUUAAAGGAGUCUAUGUAAAGCAUACUGGAUAAUCUCAAAUUUAUUUUCAAGGAUUUAUGCAACCAAGAAUAUUUUUCAAAUAUUCUGCUUGCUUUUGUGGACUCUGGAAGAACUUUGUAAGGAUUUAGGACUUGAGCCAUUGUUAGUCUGGCCAUAACUAUAUGAAGUCUAACAUUCCCUCAGAACUCCUUAGCUCCAGUU